CCAGAACUUGAGCAGAAUUGAGUCUCGCGGACAUAGCAGUCAGAUACAAAUGCGAUCGAGCAAUUCGGCAUCGCGGUCACGGGAUAGACAAGCCCUAUCCGUCUACAGGAUGAAUCGCAAGAUUUCGCAGCCUGCUCCAAUCAGCAGCCGCAUACCUGACGAGUCGUUCAAGCGCCGAUUUAUUUCAGACCCCCCUCCCUCGAUCAACACUGAUCGACAGUUCCCCUCCCACUAGCAUCGGAGUCUACUCGUCGUACGAUGCUCUUAUUCCUGUUCUUAGGCUAAUCGGGUAAAUUGUUCCAGCAUACAUGAGUACUUAAGUUCCAAAAAACAGUAUGCCUUUCUGCCAGACACGCCUUCGAGAUACGGUGCAUCCCACGGAAUGUACAUCCUCGUAGCCCUGCUUGUGGUCGGCCACUGCCUGGCCGACUACUUCCACCCCAACACCACGGGCCUCCGGCUGAAACACGGCUUCGAGACGCUGCUCAUCCAGCCGUACGGCUACGAUGGCUUCCGCGUGCGUGCCUGGCCAUUUCGGCCUCCGACCGGCCAGGAAAUCAGCUUCCUAUACGACCCUCCGCUCGAAGGCUUCGAGAACGGCACCGCGCAUGGCAUGAGCUACGACAUGACCUCCACAGGCGAGACGCCGCAGACGCUGCGCAACGGGAAUCUGAUUGUGCGCACGACCGGCUGGGGAGGCAAUGCCGGCGGCUACCGACUCGCGUUCUCGCGCGUCAACGCCGACGGCAGCGAGACGUUGCUCACGAACGAGUACGCGCCGCUGAAGUCGCUGAACCCGCGCACCUACACAUGGCCGGGCCCGGGCGCCGAGUUUCGCGCCGAGUUCAGCUUCAGCGCCACGCCGGACGAGCAAAUCUACGGCACCGGCACACAGCAGGACCACCGCAUCAACAAGAAGGGCUCGGUCAUCGACCUGAUCAACUUCAACACCUACAUCCCCACCCCCGUGUUCGUCAGCAACAAGGGCUACGGCUUUGUGUGGAACAUGCCCGCCGAGGGCCGCAUGGAGUUCGGCACCCUCCGCACCAAGUUCGUCGCCGAGUCCACCACCCUCGUCGACUAUGUGAUCGUCGCCGCCGACGCUGCCUCUCCCACCAAAUACGAUACCCUCCAGCGGCGUCUCUCCGCCCUCACUGGCCGCGCCCCGACACCCCCCGCCUUCAGUCUGGGCUACAUCCAGUCCAAGCUGCGCUAUGAGAACCAGAGCGAAGUCGAGCUCCUGGCGCACAACUUCGCCGCGCGCAACAUCCCCGUCUCGCUCUUCGUCAUCGACUACCAAUCCUGGGCGCACCAGGGCGACUGGGCGCUGGACCCGCGGCUGUGGCCGAACGUCAGCCACAUGUCGGCGGUCGUCCGCAACACCACCGGUGCGGCGCUGAUGGCCUCACUCUGGCCGAGCGUGGCGGACGACUCAGUCAACUACGCCGCCCUCCAAGCCCAAGGCCUACUGUCAGCCACGCGCUCGGGCCCCGGGACAACAGACAGCUGGAACGGGAGCUACAUCCGCAACUACGACGCAACCAACCCCGAAGCCCGCGCCUUCCUGUGGCAAAUGCUGCACAAGAACUACUACACGCAGGGGAUCGAGAACUUCUGGAUCGACCAAGCAGACGGCGGGGCGCUGGGCGAAGCGUACGAGAACAACGGACAGAGCACAUACAUCCAAUCCAUCCCGUACGCCCUACCCAACGUACUCUACGCGGCAGGCACCCAGCGCAGCGUAGGCAAGCUAUACCCAUGGGCGCACCAGCAAGCGAUCGACGAGGGGUACCGCAACGCAACCAGCACAACGUCUCACGAUGCCUGCCCGCAUCUCUCGCUCAGCCGCAGCGGAUACAUCGGGUCGCAGCGAUUCUGCAGCGUGAUUUGGUCGGGCGACACGACGUCGGUAUGGAAGACGCUGGGGGCGCAGAUCGCGUCGGGGCUGUCGGCGGCGGCGACAGGCUGGGGGUGGUGGACGGUGGACGCGGGGGGGUUCCAGGCGGACCCGACCGUCUGGUGGAGCGGGAACAUCGACACGGCGGAGUUCCGCGAGCUGUACGUGCGAUGGUUUGCGUGGGCGACCUUCCUGCCCUUCAUGCGCACGCACGGCAGUCGCACAUGCACCUCGCAAUCCGCCUACACCUGCGCCAACGAGCCCUGGUCCUACGGUGACCACAACACCCCCGUCCUCGUCGGCUAUAUCCGUCUGCGCUACCAGUUGGCCAAGUACCUGACCCGCGUGUUUGAGCGCUUCAGCGCCGAGGGCCGCAGUAUCAUGCGUCCGCUGUACAUGGACUUCGAGCACUCGGACCGCAAUGUCAGUGCCUUGGUCGCCGGGAACGCGAACUUCACCACCCAGGCGUAUAUGUUUGGUCCGCGGCUUCUGGUCAGUCCCGUUACCAGGCCGAAUGUCUCCGAGUGGCAGGUGUAUUUGCCUCAUGCCGCGGAGAAGGGCCGCUGGACGUAUUGGUGGUCCAACCAGACGUUUGCUGGUGGCGAGGUCGUCACUGUCAAGGCGCCUACGGAGCAUAUCCCUUUGUUCUUUUUGGGGAGCAGGGAGGAGAUUCUCAGUGGGGAGGUCUUUUAGACGUGCCGGAUGCGAGGCACUGCGCUUUGGAUUUGGUUUGGUGAAAUGUGUACUGUAGAUCUGGCGAGGGGGGAGUCUGCUCCAUGGGCUGGGUCGGAUCAUGGUGCAGGGAGUACUGUUGCUGAGGGUAGAGUGUUCAGGGGGUUCUGUGUAUGCCAGUCGUGUCAAGUGACAAACUCGUGUAGAAU